AUGCCUGCUGAAAGUCAAAAUACUAUUCAAGAGAGAAGCUCCAAUAGCAUCAGUAGCAACGGCAACGGCAACAAUCAGAUGGGAUGUCAUUCUGUUCCCAAUGAAGAAUUGAAUAUCACUGUGGCAGUACGGUGCAGGGGAAGAAAUGAAAGGGAAAUCGGCAUGAAAAGCUCUGUAGUGGUGAAUGUGCCGGAUAUCACCGGUUCCAAAGAGGUUUCCAUCAACACCACUGGAGACACAGGUAUAACUGCCCAGAUGAAUGCCAAGAGAUACACAGUUGACAAAGUCUUCGGGCCCGGGGCAUCUCAAGAUCUGAUUUUUGAGGAAGUGGCAGGCCCUCUAUUCCAGGAUUUCAUUAAGGGCUACAAUUGUACCGUGUUAGUAUAUGGUAUGACGUCCACGGGUAAAACUUAUACAAUGACAGGAGACGAAAAGCUAUAUAAUGGCGAACUGAAUGAUGCUGCAGGAAUUAUACCAAGGGUUCUCCUAAAAUUGUUCGACACACUGGAAUUGCAGCAGAGUGAUUACGUUGUCAAAUGCUCGUUCAUUGAAUUGUAUAAUGAGGAAUUAAAAGAUUUGUUGGAUAACAAUAGCAACGGCUCCAGUAACAAUGGUUUUGAUGGCCAAUUCAUGAAAAAAUUAAGGAUUUUUGACUCAAGCACGGCCAAUAACACCACUAGCAAUAGCGCCAGCAGUUCCAGGAGUAAUUCUAGAAAUAGUUCUCCCAGGUCAUUGAAUGAUCUAACACCUAAAGCCGCUCUUUUAAGAAAAAGGUUAAGAACGAAAUCGCUACCCAAUACCAUCAAGCAACAGCAGCAACAACAAGCUAUGAAUUCCAGAAAUAAUUCUUCCUCUAAUUCCGGUUCUGCAGCUAACAAUUCUUCAAGUAAUACAAAUGGCCAAAGAAGUCCAAUGACUCAAAAUGACCAAUCGAACGGGAUAUACAUUCAAAAUUUACAAGAGUUUCAUAUAACAAAUGCAUUAGAGGGACUGAACCUUUUACAAAGAGGUUUGAAACAUAGACAAGUGGCUUCCACCAAAAUGAAUGAUUUUUCCAGUAGGUCUCAUACUAUUUUCACAAUCACCUUGUACAAGAAACACCAAGACGAACUGUUCAGGAUUUCCAAGAUGAAUCUAGUGGAUUUAGCUGGUUCGGAAAAUAUUAACCGAUCUGGAGCAUUGAACCAACGUGCGAAAGAAGCUGGUUCAAUCAAUCAAAGUCUGCUAACGCUGGGGAGGGUCAUUAACGCGCUUGUUGAUAGAAGUGGUCACAUACCCUUCCGUGAAUCAAAAUUAACCCGUUUACUUCAAGAUUCCCUUGGAGGUAAUACAAAAACUGCAUUAAUUGCUACAAUAUCGCCUGCAAAGGUGACCUCCGAGGAAACUUGCAGUACAUUAGAGUACGCUUCGAAGGCUAAAAACAUCAAGAACAAACCACAACUGGGCGCCUUCAUGAUGAAGGAUAUUCUGGUUAAGAAUAUCACCAUGGAAUUAGCUAAGAUUAAGUCAGAUCUACUUUCAACAAAAUCCAAAGAAGGGAUAUAUAUGAGUCAGGAUCAUUAUAAGAAUUUGAACAGUGACCUAGAGAGUCACAAGAAUGAAGUUCAAGAAUGUAAAAGAGAAAUUGAAAGCUUGGCGUCGAAAAACUCAUUGCUAGUAAAGGAUAAAUUGAAGUCAAGAGAAACUAUUCAAUCUCAAAAUUCUCAAAUGGAGUCAUUAAAGGCCACCAUCAAUCAUUUAAAGGCGCAACUAGACAAACAACAUAAAGCUGAACUAGAGAUAUCUGGUUUCAAUAAUAAACUACAAAAAAUGACUGAGGUAAUGCAAGUAGCUCUUCAAGAUUACAAGAAAAGAGAGCUUGAUCUCAACAAAAAGUUCGAAACGCAUAUUUCAAAGGAGAUUAAAAGUUUAAAAACUGCUUUGUUUUUACAGUUAGAUAAUAUGCAACAGAAAAAUAUCUUUCAAGAGACGGAUAUCCAACCAAAUCUUGAUAUGGUCAAAAAUGAAGUAUUGACUUUAAUGGAAACCAUGCAAGAAAAGGCGGAGCUAAUGUAUAAGGAUUGUGUGAAAAAAAUUUUGAAUGAAUCUCCAAAAUUCUUCAAUGUCAUUGUCGAAAAGAUUGACAUAAUAAGAAUCGAAUUCCAAAAUUUUUAUAAAAAUAUUGCGGAGAAUCUUUCUGAUAUUAGCGAAGAGAAUAAUAAUCUAAAGCAGUAUUUGAAAAAUCAUUUCUUUAAAAAUAACCACCAAGAGUUACUGAAUCAUCAUAUAGAUUCCACUUAUGAAAAUAUUGAAAAGAAAACAAACCAGUUUGUUGAAAACUUCAAAAUGACUUUAAACGACCACCUAGAAGAAAACAAGAAACUAAUAAUGCAGAAUAUGACUAACGCAACCAGCGCAGUUAUUGAUCAAGAAAUGGAUUUAUUUGAACCAAGGCGGGCUAAAUGGGAAAAUUCGUUUGAUUUGAUAAACAAAUGUGACUCCAUGAAUAAUGAGUUCUAUAAUAAUAUGGCAGCAACACUAUCGCAGAUCAAAAAAACGGUUGAUACAUCAUCAAAUUCGAUGAACGAGUCUAUCUCAGUCAUGAAAGGACAGGUGGAGGAAUCGGAGAAUGCUAUCUCUCUUUUAAAAAACAAUACGAAGUUUAAUGAUCAGUUCAAACAACUAAUUAGCAAGCACAUUAUAUUGAAGGACAAUAUUGAAAGUUCAAUUACGUCAACACACUCUCAUAUAACGAAUGUAGAUGAUAUCUACAAUACAAUUGAAGAUAUAAUGACAAACCAUGGUAACAAGGAAAACGCUACCAAAGAUGAAAUGAUUGAUAAUAUAUUAAAGGAAAUACCAAAUUUAAGCAAGAGGUUACCAUUAAGGAUAUCAAACAUAAAUGGUUGCUCGGUGCAGGACAUAAUAUCCCCAAAAAAACAUACAAUUGAAGAUGAAAAUCCCUCCAGUGAAAACGCAGACAGUGAAGGGUCGAGAAAAAUACCAAAGACCGAAUAG